UGUCUCUGCACUGCCCACCUUUGCUCACCUUUUCACUCCUUCUCUCUCCGUCUGCUUCUCUCUCAACACACACACUCAAACACACUUCUCUCUUUCCUUUUUACAGUUCCUCUCUGCUUCUUUCAGAAGAUUUUUACUGGAUUUUCUGUUUGUUCUUGUUUUGCUAAAAGACCAGAAGACAAUCUAAGAAAGUAAGAGGACAAAGCGAUAUUCAGGAGUCAGGAUGCGUUGUGUGAGCUGGUUGUUGCUGGGGACCUGCCUCCUGGUCCUGGGCCCUGCGGUGCAGGGAGCCCCGAGCCAGUGCCCCAGCCUCUGCCACUGCCACGGUGACCUUCAGCACGUCAUCUGCGACAGCGUCGGGCUGAAGAAGAUCCCUCGGGUGUCGGAGUCCACCCGUUUGCUUAAUCUGCAGAGGAACAACCUGGGCAGCAUACCCACAGGGGCCUUCAGCGAAAGCAAGGGACUCAUCUCUCUGCACAUGCAGCACUGCCAGCUCCGAGAGAUCGGACCCCAGGCCUUCAAGGGGCUGAAGAAGCUCAUCUACCUCUACCUGUCCAACAACGAGAUCAACAGCAUCAAGCCCGGCGCCUUCGAGGACCUCACUGAGCUCACCUACCUCUACCUAGAUGGGAACCAGAUCAGCGACCUGGCCAAGGGCAUCUUCUCCCCCAUGAUCAACCUCUUUAUUCUGCAGCUCAAUGACAACAAGCUGCGGGAGCUGCGGCAGGGGACCUUUACCGGUGCCAAAGACUUGCGCUGGCUGCACAUGAGCGGGAACGAGCUGACCACCCUGCAGCCGGGCUCUCUGGAUGACGUGGAGAACCUCGCUAUACUUCACCUGGACAGGAACAAGAUGUCCACCUAUCCCACUGCAGCAAUGAGCAAACUGCGUGUAGUGGAGGAGCUCACGCUGGGGAGGAACCCCAUGAGGACCAUCCCAGACAACGCCUUCCAGAGCUUUGGACGCUACAUGGAGGAACUACACCUGGACAACAUGGGUCUGGAGAAGUUCUCUGAUGGUGCGUUUACCGGUGUAACAGCCAUCAAGUCGCUGCAUCUGGACAACAACAAGCUAAAGUCCCUUCCCAAAAGCCUUGAUUUUGGCAAACUCACCAACCUCACCCUCUCCAACAACCGCUGGAGCUGCACAUGCCAACUAGCUCCACUGCGCAGGUGGAUGGACUCUAGCCGCAAUCGUCCAGACGCAGUGUGUGCUUCUCCUCCCGCGCAGAGAGGCAAGCAAGUGAGAGACACCCAGGCCUUAAGCAGAUGCAGAGACAAGAGAAACAGACCCAAAAAGGACGCACGUCAUUGAACACACAGCUGAGCAGGAGACGCUGAGGAGGAGCCUGUCCAGGUGACCGGCUAUGACGCGCAACCAAAGCAACGCUAACUACUUCAAGACUGUCCAUCUAUUCGUCUGUCAGAUGCUGUCACAAGUGUAAACACAGACCAAACCAUUCACAAAUACACAUCCUCUCUGUCUCUCUCUCUCUCUCUCUCUCUCACUCACACACACACACACACACACACACACACACACACACACACACACACACACACACACACACACACACACACAAAGAACUUCACAGACCUGAGACAUAUUAUUAUUUAAUCUUCAUUCAUUUAUACUUAAGAUGAAUGUAACCACCAAAAUAAAGGACACAUAAACAGGGGCUAAAAGGACUAUUAGAGAACGAAAAAACAUUUCACUGAAAUAUGUGGGUUUACAGUGUGUAAGUAAAAUGAGUUGUGUGCACCAGAGCGAGUGAUUCUGACUUGUAACAUCCAGGUUGGAAAAUACACAGAUUUCUAAGCUCUGAUUAUAAAAUAACUAAUUAUUACACUAUUACAUCUGACUCUUUAGCUGCUAAAUGCUCCACUACGUUCACCAGCUAGUUGCUAAUUUUAUCAGUUGGGUUGUUUGUUGCUGAGCAGGUAUUGUGUAACGGGAACAGUUUCUCAGAAAACUGCUGUCGCUGUAAACGAGGCUGAUGAGAGUGGAGUUAGAGGAAAACAAAAACAGUGAGCUAAAAGAGACUAAAAGGCUGCAUGAAGCUGCAGAAUCAGGUGAUCUGUUUCCACGAACGACACCUUUCACAUUACACAUUAGUGCAGCUUUAAUACACUGCACAUGAAGUCUGUAAAACAGGUGGCUGUCCUUUAUUUUGGUGGUUAUCUGUACAAACAGUGAACUAAUAAUGGCUCCAAAAAAGAAAAUAAAAAGGCAGAGAAACCCUCGUCCAAACUAGGAGGAAUUCUUAAACAUCCUACAACUGUUCCUCAGGCAGGCAUCGACACGCGUUUACCCUCCUUUCUACUUUGUGAUGUCAGUUUGAAACCCUCACCGACCUGAGAAAACAGCCAUGACAUUUAAAGCGACCGCAAAACGGACACAGCGACUGAAGGCCUACAAUAUUUCUCCUGGAAGUUUAAAAGUUGAUGAGACUUGGAAGAUGUGGGUAAGCUCAGCAGGAGGCUCGAGCCACGUAUUUGACAGUACACGUAUUCUAAGAUCCCAAAGAUCCAUAAAACUGGAUUUAGUUCAUUUUGUGGCGUAGCUGGAGAUGAACACGAAGGAGAAGUGAAGAAGACAAGAAGACGUCUAAAACGAUUAACACAGGGUCAUUGUGUCUUUACUUCAAUGCAGUUGAAGAAAAAAGAAGAAAGAAAAUGAAGAAAAAUAUAUAUUUUCUUACACAACAAUGAUGAGGGUUACUGACAAGUUGUUGACUUUUUGCAUAUCUAAUGUAUAUUCAAUAUCUUUAUAUUUCCUGGACUUUUGGAAGUGAUAACAAGUGCUCACGUCCAAUAAACCUUUAACAAAA